AUGUGCUGCAUCAGGCACAUCGGGUCCAACUUCUUAAGGAGGUUCAAGGAUCCAUAUUUGCAUAAACUCGUGGUGAACACAGGCUAUUCUAGGACGGAGCAGGAGUACAACAAAAACUACCAAAGGCUUAAAGAGCGGGGUAAAGCAUAUACUCAAUGGUGCGAUGAGAUCGGUGUUGAGAGAUGGGUGUUGGCAUUCGAUGGUGGUCAUCGUUGGGGUCAUAUGACGACAAACUUGGUAGAGUGCAUAAAUUCUGUCCUGAAGGGUGCACGCAACCUUCCUGUGACUGCCCUUGUCCGGUCAACUUUCUAUCGGUUGAAUGAGUUGUUCACUCGGAAGAGUACCAAAGCUCAUGAGCGUCUUCGCAACGGAUACACGUAUUCAGAAUUCGCAACGAAGAGAGUUGAAGAAAGCUUCCGACGGGCAGGAAACAUUGUGGUCAACCGGUUCGAUAGGCGCAACGAGAUAUUUGAGGUUCGCAAAAUGCAAGAUGGUACUAUUUACACUGUUAACCUUGCGCAACGACACUGCGACUGUGGCCAUUUCCAAGUCAAGCGACUUCCAUGUCGCCACGUGCUUGCAUGUUGCGCCAACCAGCGUCUUGAUUGGCAAGCGUACAUGCACAAUGUGUACAAGAUGUCUGAAAUUUGCAAGGUGUACAGAGGCGAGUUUGUUCCAAUGGGUGACCCAUCUACGUGGGAUAGAUACGAAGGAGCGAAGGUGAUCGCCAACUGGACAUUGAGGCGCGCGACAAAAGGAAGACCGAAGUCAACCCGCUACUUGAAUGAGAUGGACUCGCGUGAUAUGCGUGGUCCUCGCCGGUGCACUAUAUGUGGACGCGAGGGACAUAGCCGCAGCCAAUGUCCUCAGCGUGCAGGUCCAAGCUCCGCUGGAGGUCAUUAG